GGAAAUGCUUAAAUCGCUGGCGACUUCUUAUGACUGGCAGCGCAGCGGCCGGCCAUCAGCAGUCACAAGAUGGUUCACAAGCCCCUCCGGUCGUAAGCAGUCACAAGUGUGUGAACUGCCAAAAUUUGUUCCUUUAUGACAGUACUUUCAUCUUGUGCCUACCAAAACUCUCUGCAGACAUGCUCCUAGCGAACACAUAUGUGUGCUUCGAACAGGUCCGCAGACUGUUUUGGUAGACACAAGAAACGCGCCUCAGACGGUGUUUGCAGUUUGUCUUUUGCUUGCUGUACGAGCAGUGUGACUGGGACUUUGCGGAGCGAGUCAAGAAAACUACUGCAGAUGAUUGGUCUGCUAACGCCGAGCUAACCGGAAACGCUCUUAAAUGUGAGCAACCCUUCGUUGCCUAGGAAGGAGGGCCAGCCACCAGCCAGGUCAACUUUUACAGUGCAAGACCUUUGGGCUACAUUUUUUCCCAGAUGAAUGGGUCAAACAAGUCGGAUCAAAUAAGGAAUGGCCACAGCUCAGCCAACUACAUGCAACAUUUUUAUUCCCUUCCCUACCUUUGUUUGCCGACACACCGUGCGCGUUUUGUUCACAUGUAAUUUCCAAAACCUAUGGCGGUGAUGUGCCGUACAGUUGUUGGUUCUGUGGCAUGCCUGCCUUUUUUUCAGCACUACAGAGCGGGAGUGACGUAACUAAACCUCACUCUUUGAUCGUAUUUAGUUGUGUCUGUCGAUUUGUGUGGGACUGUAUUGAUGUAAUACUUUACCGCAUGUUCGAGGUGAAGUGAAACUUUUGAAGUAUGUAUUUAAUAGAGAAGGAUUGCCUUUAUGGAUGAUUCACGUGCAAUUUUUACAAUUAAUUUUUUCGGGAUUUUCAGUAUUCAGUUUGAUGCCCGUGUUUUUUCGUGAUAUGAUUAUUUUACGCUUUGAAUUACACUGCAAUACGAAUGUAAACCCCUGAAUUUCUCUACUUCAUCAGCAUGAUGUGUAUAUGUUUGCUUGUUCUUUAAGUUCGUUCUGAUUGGGCUUCUGUAUUGGUGUAGUAUAAAAAAAUGAUACUAAAGAAAAUUUGGUCUUCAGUCCUAACAGAACUUGCCCACGCAGCAUUCGACUCCGAAGGCCAGAGAACGGACUGCGAGGACAAGGGGGUGGAGCCCUCCUUCCAAGGAGCCGAAUUGCAGAGGCAACCAUGGAAGAUGGACCAGGAGGGGAGGACAGACGGCAGUGCGACUUCUGAUCCCAAUCUUAUGGUGCCCACAGAACUAACAACACCAGCAUUCGACUCCGAAGGCCAGAGAACGGACUGCGAGGACAAGGGGGCGGAGCCCUCCUUCCAAGGAGCCGAAUUGCAGAGGCAACCAUGGAAGAUGGACCAGGAGGGGAGGACAGACGGCAGUGCGACUUCUGAUCCCAAUCUUAUGGUGCCCACAGGACUAACAACACCAGACUGCAUCGGAGCAUGCUAUGGCGACAAAGUGGAUACCUUUGACCGUGACAGCCGCAGAGGUGACACCUCUCCCCAGACCAACAAUUCGGGCCCACACAAGCAGCAGACGCACCGAGGACCGAACAAGCACCCGUGCCGCUUCUGUCCUUACUCAUUCUCUUCCGCCACGGCUGUCGCCAUUCACGAGAGGACUCACACUGGCGAGAGGCCCUUCAGUUGCGAUACCUGCGAAAAAACGUUUGCGGAUAAGUCUCGCUUGAUAUCUCACGUUAAAAUUCACACCGGAGAGAAGCCGUUCAAGUGCAGCACGUGCGGCAGGGCAUUUCGUCAUAAAAACACCUUGGUGGAUCACGAAAGGAUUCAUACAGGAGAGAAGCCGUUCAGGUGUAACACGUGCAGCAGGGCGUUUACUCAGAAAAGGAACUUGGUGGAUCACGAAAGGAUUCAUACAGGAGAGAAGCCGUUCAGGUGUAACACGUGCAGCAGGGCGUUUACUCAGAAAUGCAACUUGGUGGGUCACGAAAGAAUUCAUACAGGAGAGAAGCCGUUUAAGUGCGAGACCUGCGGUAGAGCGUUUGCGGCUGACACAAAUUUAUACAGUCAUCAGAAGAUACAUCGCAUGUGAUCGAAACCCUUACGUGCAUCGUAGUUGUGAAAGGGGUUUAAACGAAAUACUCGAGCACCGACGUGUGUUCAUAUGGCUUGGCGAUAGGCCUGCAGGGGUUCUACAUGCGAGCAGUGUGUGUUUCACAUGGUUCAAAGUGUUUCAGCCUCUUAUUUACAGUAUAAACGCAGAUAAAAAAAUGUGAAUUUACCUUAGACGAAGCGACCAGAGUUCUUUUUUGUACACGAAAAAAAGAAAAUACUUGAAGCCUAAUCUUUUUUUAUUAAUUUAUAGUCAUUGAUCAUGUGAUGCAUCUGGAAACUCUGGGUUGUCUGUAGGGUCACUUAUGUUCCUUACAGGUCGGCCUACUCAUGACCAUAAAUAUAAAAACUUAUAAAAUAACUAAGGUCUUUCAAUAGCAGCAAUCUUGAAUAUUGCAAAUGUUAAGAAAAGUACAAGAAAAACCGAGUAAUGCGGAGGGGUCAACAUAAUUUUAAGAUGUAAAAAUAAAACUAUAUUCGAAACUAUUUAAAACACCAAGCUGGGAACUAAUGCUUUACUCAUAGGACUGCAACAGUAUAUACGUGACUCGAAGAUUUAGAAAUGCAGUGUAAUUUCCUAUCUCAUUUCGUGAUAUUCUUCGUCCUUUUUCUUUUUGAUUGGUUUGAGUAUCUUAAUUCUGAUGGUAUCAUUCAAUGUGCUUGCUACAUGAAAUACUUGUAUGUAUGUUUUCCUUUUGCGUGAUUUUUUUUUUGCACAUUCAUGAAGACGGCUCUGAUCAUUUAGGAUAUCCAUACUUUUAGUGCUAUUCAUUUGGUGUUCAUAUAUACUUUGUUUCACCCUAGGCAAGAGCGCGGACAACGUUAUGAGUUGGAGGGCCAAUAAAACGGUGCAGAAAGCGCAACGCCAUGGCGUGCUCUCUGCGCUUGAUAAGACUAGCCGGUGGAGGAGCACGCACAGAGAUGGCGAAUACUGGCUAGUCCUAUAGUCCUAUGAACGGCAGAGAACUCGUCAUGGCUCUGUGCCUCUUUCGCUGUUUGAUUGACCCUUCGGCUCAUAACAUCGGCCACGCUCGGACCUAAGCUGAAACGAAGUACGGUUUCACUCGAAUUCGGCAGGCCUUUAAAUAUUCGAAAUUCCUCUUGUAGUAGACGGAUCAUAUACAUGUGUUGUACUAAAGGCAUAAUUGACUUCAUUGUGUAUAUUCAUGUAUCUAAAAACUGUAUAUGCAUAAUCCAUCUAAAUAGGUCUCAAUCUGCACUGAGUGUACAGUGGUUGUCACUAUUGUCCAAUGUGCCAGAGUUGAUGGAGGUGGAGUCCUGUUCCCAAACAGAAAAACGGGCAAAAUCGCUACUGCAAAAACUAUGCAUUGCACAAAAAAGAACCCUGAUCCCAUAGUGGUGUGUGUCCGAGGAAAAUUGCUAGAGCUCAAUAUAAUGGGAUAUUUAAUAAAUUCUGAGUACUUAAAUUGUUAAAUAUUAGUCUUAAAGGGAUGGUUUCAAAGAUAAAAUUGCUCGGCAUCAUCGAGAACGAAUAAAUGCACCCAUGUUAUAAUGGCAUGAGGCACGCGCAGCAUUUUACGGCGUUCUGAAACAAUGCCCACUUUGGACACGUAUCUGGCUCUCGGUUUCUUAUCGGAGGGCAUCUCCUCGUGGUCAAUCUCGCCUCCCGGUUGCCCGCGCGGAGAUGCACUUCGAUAAGAAGCCGAAAACAAGACAGGCUUCCUAAUUGGGUGUUUCUUCAGAAGGCCGUAAAAUGCUGCGCGUGCCUCAUAUCAUUGUAGUGUGGGUGUUUUAUCGUAGUAUUCGGUGAUGCUCAGCAAGAUUCUAUUUGAAAUCAUGCGUUUAAAAUAAAUAAUUAGCAAUUCAUUUAUUAAAUAAAAUACUCACCCAAUUUUACUGAAUGCUAAAAGUUUUUCUUGAUGGCAGGUGCAAAGGGCCAAAGCCGCCAGGGUGGUGGAAGCUACGAGCCCGUUGGACCAGUCAUACGUCGAUCUUUCGAAGCAUGCCCACGCUCCCAGCCAUAUCCACGCAGAGGGCGUGGUCAGGCGACACAAGGGAGGCGGUUGUCUGGUCCGGCAAAUAUGUAGCUCCCGCCGCACUGUCGGCUUCAAGGGGCUGUGCAACGAUUUAGGGUAUUGGGCUUUCGGCACCUGUGGGACCCAAGCACUAUUGUGCCCGUUACACAAAACAUGUAACAAACUAGCGUCACUCAUUAGAUCGUCAAAACUUAACGAGUUCUGAUAUUCGUUACCGUCCUAAGAACGUAACAAUAUACCGUUGCGGUUACUUUUAAAAAAGAAUGAACGUUACUUUUGCGCCAAUUUGAAUAUUACUCAUAUUCGACAGUGAAAGGCCGAGGAUAUGAACUUAGACGACAGUUCAACUUCUAUGGAGUCAUUUCUUUGUGUGUUAUUAGUUUGUAAGAUUUGUUGCAUAUGUUUAUUAUUUUGAAAACUGGCUUUAUUGACUGUGCUCUCUUUUAUUUUCUCUUUUUCGCAAAUAAUUCAUUAAUUUUUUGCACGACAAUAAGGGCUCAGCAAUAAACUUUGGUUGAAUCAACCGCUGGUUUGAACAAAGAAGUAACCACAUGUCGCCAAACUUUUUCCCCAUUUGAAGGGAUACACUCUUGGGAGUAUUUAUAGGUACUCCCAUGAAAAUGGUGUGUAAUGCAUUAUAUUACAGUAUACCCCUUUUUCUUGAGAAUGUUGCAAAGGCUCUCAGAUUUGACUGUUUUUGAAAGUCGGCGAACCAGCGCACUCUGUUGGGCACGCGCAGAGUGGAGAUUGCAAACAGCUUCGCUGAUUCUUUCAGGAGUUUGUUCUGAAAGCCCUUAAAAUCCAGUUUUAAGUGCACCUAAAGCAGGGCUAUUAAACCUGUGCCACGAAGCAGUCCGCACAUGAAGAAAUUGAUAAAAAAUGAAAAGUUAGUUACAAGGACUUACAACUAGGGUUAUCUCACAUACAACUAGGGUUAACACUUCCGACGAAUUCUUGAUAGGUAUUUUCUUCUCCAGAUUUUUCUCCUUGCUUUUAUUAAUAUAUUUUCUUUCUUUUUUUUUACUAUGGCACAAUUAUUUAGGUCGAAAAGACAGCUUUGAACUUCCGAACCACUAAGCAUGUGACGAGUAGUGCCUUUUGACAAGUUUCUAACAAUGACCAUCUAAGCGAUCUUUUAUGCAGUGAAGAGCAACAAUAGCUAUACAUAUGCAUAAAUAAUUUCAGAUUAAAAUAAGCUGAAAUAAAAUACAGGUGUUCGUUUUUCAAUUAAACUUGAGGAAGAAAACAAGGGUGAGAGACAAAUGUUGUCUUCCUCAAGUUUAAUUAUCCCUACCAACCCGCUCCUUCUGUCCUAACAUCAUUUUUUAAGUUUUCGGAAGAUGUAACGAGUAACGUAAUUAUGUUACCCGUUACUUGAAAUAACUAACGUGGGUACAUUACCCGUAAAUGUCAUGGAAAAGUAACGAUUACGUUACCAUGUUACUAACAAAAGGAAGACGUUACCGGUAACAACGUUACUUGUAACGUUACCGCAAACACUGCAGCGGCGGCUUGACUUCCCUUCCGCAUUUGGUUAGCAGAAUGUGCAAGUCACCACAGCUGCCGCACCAUGGGGCUGCCAGUGUCAAGUCUUUAAUGAUGGCCUGUGGACAUUUACAAGCAUUGCAAAUGAACCUUUUUAACACCUCAAAUGAAUGAAUACCCACUGUAGGCCGCACGGGCAUAAUGUAGGUCUGCUGGACCAUGUUUAGAAAUAUAAAAAAUGCGCCGACCUUUCUUGCUCUGUCGUGUCAUCCCAACAGACUCCAUCAGAGCAUGCUCUGGCGACAAAGUGGAUACCUUUGACCGUGACAGCCGCAGAGGUGACACCUCUCCCCAGACCAACAAUUCGGGCCCACACAAGCAGCAGACGCACCGACGACCGAACAAGCACCCGUGCCGCUUCUGUCCUUACUCAAGCUCUUCCACCACGGCUGUCGCCGUUCAUGAGAGGACUCACACUGGCGAGAGGCCCUUCAGUUGCGAUGCCUGCGAAAAAACGUUUGCGAAUAAGUCUCACUUGGUAUCUCACGUUAAAAUUCACACCGGAGAGAAGCCGUUCAAGUGCAGCACGUGCGGCAGGGCAUUUAGUCAUAAAAACACCUUGGUGGAUCACGAAAGGAUUCAUACAGGAGAGAAGCCAUUCAGGUGCAACACGUGCAGCAGGGCGUUUACUCAGAAAUGCAACUUGGCUGGUCAUGAAAGAAUUCAUAGAGGAGAGAAGCCGUUCAGGUGCAAAACUUGCAGCAGGGCGUUUACUCGGAAGUACCAGUUGGCGAAUCAUGAGAGGACUCACACCGGAGAGAAGCCGUUUAAGUGCAAGACCUGCGGUAGAGCGUUUGCGACUGAUGCCAAUUUAUACAGUCAUCAGAAGAUACAUCGCAAGUGAUUGAAACCCUUACGUGCAUCAUAGUUGUGAAAGGGGUUUAAACGAAAUACUCGAGCAUCGACGUGUGUUCAUUUGGCUUGGCGAUAGGCCUGCAGGGGUUCUACUUGCGAGCAGUGUGUGUUUCACAUGGUUCAAAAUGUUUCAGCCUCUUAUUUACUGUAUAAACACGGAUAAAAAAAUGUGAAUUUACCUUAGACGAAGCGACCAGAGUUCUUUUUUGUACACGAAAAAAAGAAAAUACUUGAAGCCUAAUCUUUUUUUAUUAAUUUAUAGUCAUUGAUCAUGUGAUGCACCUGGAAACUCUGGGUUGUCUGUAGGGUCACUUGUGUUCCUUACAGGUCGGCCUACUCAUGACCAUAAAUAUACAAACUCAUAAAAUAACUAAGAUCUUUCAAUAGCAGCAAUCUUGAAUAUUGCAAAUGUUAAGAAAAGUUCAAGAAAAACCGAGUAAUGCGGAGGGGUCAACAUAAUUUUAAGAUGUAAAAAUAAAACUUUAUUCGAAACUAUUUAACACACCAAGCUGGAAACUAAUGCUUUACUCAUAGGACUGCAACAGUAUAUACGUGACUCGAAGGUUUAGAAAUGCAGUGUAAUUUCCUAUCUCGUUUCGUGAUAUUCUUCGUCCUUUUUCUUUUUGAUUGGUUUGAGUAUCUUAAUUCUGAUGGUGUCAUUCAAUGUGCUUGCUACAUGAAAUACUUGUAUGUAUGUUUUCCUUUUGCAUGAUUUUAUUAUUUUUUUUGCACAUUCAUGAAAACGGCCCUGAUCAUUUAGGAUAUCCAUACUUUUAGUGCUAUUCAUUUGGUGUUCAUAUAUGCUUUGUUUCACCCUAGGCAAGAGCGCGGACAAUGUUAUGAGUUGGAGGGCCAAUAAAACGGUGCAGAAAGCGCAACGCCAUGGCGUGCUCUCUGCGCUUGAUAGGACUAGCCGGUGGAGGAGCAGGCACAGAGAGAUGGCGAAUACGGGCUAGUCCUAUAGUCCUAUGAACUGCAAAGAACUCGUCAUGGCUCUGUGCCUCUUUCGCUGUUUGAUUGGUCCUUGGGCUCGUAACAUCGGCCACGCUCGGACCUAAGCUGAAACGAAGCACGGUUUCACUUGAAUUCGUCAGGCCUUUAAAUAUUCGGAAUUCCUCUUGUAGUAGACGGAUCACACACAUGUGUUGUACUAAAGGCAUAAUUGACUUCAUUGUGUAUAUUCAUGUAUCUAAAAAAUGUAUAUGCGUAAUCCAUCUAAAUCGCUCUCAAUCUGCGCUGAGUGUACAGUGGUUGUCACUAUUGUCUUAUGUGCCAGAAUUGAUGGAGGUGGAGUCCUGUUCCCAAACGUAUAAAACAUUUGUUUUGACAUAUAUACUGUGUGUUUCCGGAAAAACGGGCGAAAUCGCUACUGCAAAACUAUGCAUUGCACAAAAAAGAAGCCUGAUCGCAUAGUGGUGUGUGUCCAAGAAAAAUUGCUAGAGCUCAAUAUAAUGGAAUAUUUAAUAAAUUCUGAGUACUUAAAUUGUUAAAUAUUAGUCUUAAAGGGAUGGUUUCAAAGAUAAAAUUGCUCGGCAUCAUCGAGAACGACUAAAUGCACCCAUGUUAUAAUGGCAUGAGGCAUGCGCAGCAUUUUACGGCGUUCUGAAAAAAUGCCCACUUUGGACACGUAUCUGGCUCUCGGUUUCUUAUCGGAGAGCAUCUCCUCGUGGUCAAUCUCGCCUCCCCAUUGCCCGCGUGGAGAUGCACUUCGAUAAAAGCCGAAAACAAGACAGGCUUCUAAAUUGAGUAUUUCUUCAGAACGCCGUAAAAUGCUGCGCGUGCCUCAUAUCAUUGUAGCGUAGGUGUUUUAUCGUAGUAUUCAAUGAUGCUCAGCAAGAUUCUAUUAGAAACCAUGCGUUUAAAAUCAAUAAUUAGCAAUUCAUUUAUUAAAUAAAAUACCCAACUUUAUUGAACGCUAAAAGUUUUUCUUGAUGGCAGGUGCAAAGGGCCAAGGCCGGCAGGGUGGUGGAAGCUACGAGCCCGUUUGACCAGUCGUACGUCGAUCUUUCGAAGCGUGCCCGCGCACCCAGCAAUAUCCACGCAGAGGGCGUGGUCAGGCGAUAAAAGGGAGGCGGUUGUCUGGUCCGGCAAAUAUGUAGCUCCCGCCGCACUGUCAGCUUCAAGGGGCUGUGCAACGAUUUAGGGUAUUGGGCUUUCGGCACCUGUGGGACCCAAGCACUAUUGUGCCCGUUACACAAAACAUGUAACAAACUAGCGUCACUCAUUAGAUCGUCAAAACUUAACGAGUUCUGAUAUUCGUUACCGUCCUAAGAACGUAACAAUAUACCCUUACGGUUACUUUUAAAAAAGAAUGAACGUUACUUUUGCGCCAAUUUGAAUAUUACUCAUAUUCGACAGUGGAAGGCCGAGGAUAUGAACUUAGACGACAGUUCAACUUCUAUGGAGUCAUUUCUUUGUGUGUUAUUAGUUUGUAAGAUUUGUUGCAUAUGUUUAUUAUUUUGAAAACUGGCUUUAUUGACUGUGCUCUCUUUUAUUUUCUCUUUUUCGCAAAUAAUUCAUUAAUUUUUUGCACGACAAUAAGGGCUCAGCAAUAAACUUUGGUUGAAUAAAACGCUGGUUUGAACAAAGAAGUAA